UUAUCGUAAAUAUAAACUAGGCUCGAAGACUGUCCAAGCCGUCGUUCCACUUCCAUCAUCUACAUGGCGAUGGCCGUGGCGGGUUCCCACUCCCUCGGCUGCGCCAUCCGGCCGCCGCGCCGGAGAGGUCCGCGCGCUGCGGCGGAGGCGGUGGAGGUACGGGUACGGGUCUGCACGAACCGCACGUGCGCGCGGCAGGGCGGGCGCGAGGUGCUCGCGGCGCUCGAGGGCCUCUCCCCGCCGUCGCCGCGCGUCGGCGUGGCGUCCUGCGGGUGCCUGGGCCGCUGCGGGUCCGGGCCCAACGUCGGCGCCUCCGUCCCUGGCCGCGGCAACGCCGUGUUCGGCCACGUGGGCACGGCGGCCCGCGCCGCGCAGCUCCUGGAGCACCUCCUCGGCGCCGCCGAGUUCGACGCCGCCGCGGGGCUCGCCGCGCUCGCCCUACGGCAGAAGGCCGAGGCCGCCGUCGCCGACGCGGACGCGGAGGCCCUCUUCACCGAGAGCAUUGCAGUGGGUGCUCCCGGUGGACUGCAUCUGGCCUACGGAGGCAGGUGUAAGGCGAGGAUAGCGAUUGGGGACACCGCCGGCGCGCUCGCGGAUGCCGAGGAAGCCAUUAGGAUAGCUCCCAGAUUUCCUCAGUCUCACUUGUCGCGAGGGGAUGCAUUAUUUGCAAUGGGAGAGUACCAUUCUUCAGAGGAUGCUUAUGCACAUGCCUUGGAUCUCGACCCAUCUAUUCGUCGCUCCAAGUCCUUCAAGGCCCGCUUGGAAAGGCUACGGGAGAAGCUUGUCACUGUCAGUAGUAGUUCACCAUAGUUCACGCUGAAAACCGCACUUCUAAGAUCAGAUGAAAAGGUUCAUCCAGCAAGAUUGUAUGGCUUGUGGAUUCAUCGGUAUGCGGUGUACAGUCUUCCGUUGACUCAUUAGAAGAAGAAGAAGACGAAGAGACGAUAUGUUGACGACCAGCAUUGUUGUGUCCAUGUACUUUUGAACUCGAUAUAUCAUAUUUGAAAUAAUAAAUAUAAGGAAUUCAGAUGUA